UAUAAUGUAUAUAGUGUAUGGUGAUACAAAGCCAAACCGCUUUUUUCCUCAGUGAAAGGUGCAUUACUACAAUUUAUUUUGUAGUAGUAUGUUAUUAUGGUUGAAAUGUCAUUAUUUAUUGGUUAGCAAUCUUUAAUCGCGGUAGAAUCGCAGAGCGCGGCUGGUGGUUGCCGGCUGGUGUAUAUGAUUGCCCAUUGGUUCCUACCGCAGUAGCCACUAUCAAAAUAUCAAAUACUACAAAAUAUUAUUUUUUUUUUUCCAUUUCAUUUGGUCAUAACUAGAAAGACAGAGUCACGAGUCUGUUCUCGCCGUUGUCGGAGACCGGAGUUCAUAUCCCACGUAAGCCAUAUUUUACCCAUUGUCAUUGAAAACAGUGUAGAACGUGAGAACGUUCUGUGCAAAUACUCGAACAUUCUUCUAGCUGUAAUUCGGCACGAUGGCUACCGUUACCAACGAGUCUGAUUCUUCGCGAAAAAAUACGAACAAUGAAGAAAAUGAUAAUAAAGAUGAACAGAAUAACAUGUUUGAAUGUAACAUAUGCUUGGAUAAUGCAAAGGACGCUGUUGUCAGUGUCUGUGGUCAUUUAUUUUGCUGGCCAUGUUUGCAUCAAUGGUUAGAAACUCGAUCAAGUCGUCAAGUAUGCCCCGUAUGUAAAGCUGUAAUAAGUAAAGAUAAAGUAAUACCAAUUUAUGGACGUGGAAAUUCUAAACAAGAAGAUCCUAGAAAUAAAGUGCCACCUAGGCCUGCUGGUCAAAGAACUGAACCUGAACCUAAUUCUGGUUUCCCGGGUUUUUCUUUUGGUGAUAGCGGUUUCCAUUUAUCGUUUGGAAUAGGAGCAUUUCCUUUUGGAUUUUUAACAUCACUUAAUGUUACUGAUCGUCCGCACGGAGUUGCUAAUCAACUACAUCAAGAUGAUCAAUACUUAUCAAAACUUUUCUUAUGGAUUGCAGUAAUAUUUAUUAUUUGGCUAUUAGUGGCAUGAUUUACUCUAUGAGUACGUUCUUUUUAUUUUAAUUAUUAUUAUUAUUAUUAUUAUUAUUUUACCAUUCAAUUAACUACAAUAGUAAGCACUUCAUGAGGGCUUAAUUUUAUAUAUUAUUGUUAUUCACUUUUUUAGCUAUAUAAGUUUUAAAUAUACUUCAAUUUUUAUUGUAUGGCGCUGAGUCUAAAAUUUUUAACUAAUAGUGUUAGUUAUGUUUUUUUAUGAUAUAAAAAACUUAAACUAUAAUAUUAAACUUUUUAACAAUUUGACAAAUAUUUUGUCUAUGAAUUUAUUAAGAAUAUUUAUAAAACCAACAUUAAUUCAGUAGUUCUAUUUUUGAAUUAUAAAUUCAUGCCGAAUUUACAAAUAUUAAUUUAUUAUUGUAUUAUUUAUAAUAACUGAAACAAUUAUAUUAAAUUUCAUAGCCCAAUUAUGUAUUUAUGAAUAUUGUAUUAUUUAUAAUUAUAAUUAAUAUGAUGGUUUUUUUCAACUUAAUUAAAAUAUAAUUCUUUAUGAAUGCUUAUGUUAAAACAUAUUUGUUUUUUUUUUUUUAAUUAUUGUGUUCAUCCUGUCCAUUUUAAGAUUUAACCCACAACCAAUACCUACUUUGUAUUCAUUUUUUUUUAUUUUUUUUGUUUUUUUUUUUAAAUUUUGAAUUCAAUUUUUCGAGGACGUUAUACCUAAAUGUUAUGUCCCCUUGCAUAAUCAUUUUAAAAUUAAAAAUGCAUCGUUAAGCUUAUAAUAUUUAUAACUUUGGCUAGAAAAAAAAAUAUCCAAAUAUUUUAUUAAAUUCUAUUCAGAAUAUUCAUACUAUUAAAGUUGAUAAUAUGUAAAUUUAUCCUAGUAUUAAAAACAGCUAAGUAUAAAGUAUUUAGAUAAUUCUUUUGGAAAUAAAUUUAGCUGUUAUAUUAUGUUAGUAAAACAUAUUACAAAAGCAAUGGGUAUAACGAUUUACAUUAAAUAAGUAAAUUAACAUUUAUCAUAAGUAUUAAAAUUUUAAGAAUAUUAAUUAUUUUUGGCUGGGUUUUUUUUACUGUUAGAAACUGAAUAGGUUGUUAAUUAAAGGUGUGUAAGUUGAUCAUCAGUUAUCUAAUUUAACAUUUUUAGUAUAUUUUAAAAAUCUAUUAUUGAUUUAAUAAUCUUUAUAUUAUAUAAUUUUAUGUCGUUACAAAGCAACAUUAUUGAAAACAUUGUAUUUUUUUUUACAAUUUUUACUAUAAUAAUUUAAACUUUUGUACUGCUUUGAAUGAUGACAUUUUUAAUUUCAUAAUCUGAAGCAGAUUGUUAUUUGGAAUUCAAUGAUAUAUUACAUAAAUCAAAGUUCAGAAAUGUAUUUAUUUAUUUUGAAUGAAGUUUAGAUAACUGAAGUAAUAGGCUAACAUUUUGCGAGGUAUCCCUGUUCAAUUUCACUUCGCUCUUGUAAGUUAUAAAUAUUUUCAUUACAUAGGAUACUCAUCCAAAAUUUGUUUUCUAUAUUUUUAAGUACUCCAAAAAAUAUUUUGCCUAAUAAGUUUAUAAUAAUAAAAAAUAGUAAAAUGUUUAUAUUGAUUUGUAAAUACUAAAAGUCAUGUAAAAUGUUUUCAAAAACAUUUAUAGUUUAAUCUUUGGUUUGUUAACACCUGUUAUAUUUUAUAACCCUAUGCUAUUGAUAAUUAUUAUUUUCAAGAACAAUUAUUAUAAAUAUUAUUACUAUGCA